AUGACUAAACAUGGAACAGGGAAUUCAACAUCUGUGACAGAAUUCAUCUUGGUUGGAUUCCCCAAUCCCUGGGUGAUACAGAUCUUGCUUUUUCUGUUGUUCUUUAUCAUUCUGGUAGCGACUAUGAUUGGAAAUACUAUCAUCAUAACCCUGAUUGUUACUGAUUACCGCCUACAUUCUCCAAUGUAUUUCUUUCUUUGCAAUUUAUCUUUAAUUGAAAUCCUUAUUACUCUUACUGUAGUACCGAAAAUGAUGGAGCACUUCAUACUAGAAAAGAAGACCAUCUCCUUCUAUGGGUGCAUUGCACAGUCAUACUUCUAUUUCUUAUUUGGCACCUCUGAAUAUGUUCUACUGGCUAUGAUGUCCUAUGACCGAUACACUGCCAUAUGCUACCCACUUAGAUACAACACCAUCAUGAGCAGAAAGGUUUGUGUUUGUUUGGUUGUAAGCUCUUGGAUGAGCGGGUUCUUCUCCAUUCUUGUUCCCACUGUGAUGAAGCUAGGUUUAUCCUAUUGUGGUCCCAAUGUGAUAAAUCACUUUUUCUGUGACAGUGCCCCUUUGCUCCACUUAGCCUGUGCUGACAUUCGCCUAGUGGAGUUAAUUGACUUCAUAGUCUCCCUACCCAUUGUUCUGGGCUCUCUUUUCUUAACACUUAUUUCUUAUUUUUAUAUUAUAAGCACCAUUCUUCGUAUCCCUUCUGCAACAGGGAGGCAGAAAGCCUUCUCUACCUGUGCUUCCCAUUUCACAGUGGUUACCAUUGGUUACGGAACCUCCAUUUUCAUCUAUGUGAGACCUUCACAAGCCAAUUCUAUGAAUCUUAACAAAAUUGCUUCUCUAGUCACCACAGCAGUGACACCCAUGCUUAAUCCCAUCAUAUUCACUUUUAGAAAUCAGAAAGUCCAAGAGGUGUUCAGGGAUUCAAUUAACAAGUACAUGAGGAGUAGACAAGCAGGUUGA